CCUUUUUUUUUUUCAGUUUUCUAAAUUUGAAUUUUGAAAUUGGACAUAUUAAAAUUUGAAAUUUAAAGUAUAAAAUUUAACAAUUAGAGUAACGUCCAGGUAUUUUAAAAAAUUGAAUGCUCAUUAAUGUGAUAGCAAGUUUCUGUAUUUGAUAUUGAAUUAAAUGUUUUCUGAAUUAAAUGUAAUAAAAUCUCGGGAUAUCUCAAUUAAUUUCACUCGAUUUGUUUCCUGUAAUUGUUCCUUUAUAAAAUCCAUAACGGUCAGCCAGUUGUAAACCCUAUUUGUUGUCAACCAACCUAACCUUGUCGGCAGUAUGUUUUACAAUUUCAAUGGCCACUACAGAGAAUGUCACUGCAGUUGCACCUGAUUCGGUCUCAAAUUCCAAGUAAAUAAAUUUACUUUUCAUCAAUUUCAAUAUUUACGUGAUAGUAAAUGUUUCUAAUAUUUGGUUGCAGGUUUGAAACUGACCCUUUUAUGCGUAUAAAUGGUGUGGAAUUUGUUGCAACAAGUGCAACCCCUACGCAAGACCCGACAUCGCCGCAACUGCAGAAUGUUUCUAUAGAUGAGUUAUUUCGUGCAAUUGAAGACUUGAGGAGAGAUGUGAAGGAGCUAGGAGAGCUAAAGAAGUCUAUGGAAUAACUAACCAAUUCUUCUGGCAACAUAGAGAGAUCACUCAAGGUGAUGGAGUUUAAGCUGUACCAUAAUGAAGAUAAGUGCAAAGACCAUGAUAAGUACAACACAAACCUACCUCCCAAAGAUUCAGUCAGCAACGUUGAUUUUACUCAGCAAAGUGUAGACAGGAACCCAAUGAUGACACCAGUCGCUAAUCCACCAUUGAGAAAGAGGUUGAGAUGCAGCCCCGCACAACUCGACAAUGAUGUCACCAUUGAUAUCUCUGAUGCCGAAGAUGAUGUCACUAUAUCAGAUAAGCAUGAAUCGGGGUUGUCUCGGGCAUCACAAUCUUCGGACUUGACAGCAUUAAAGGAAAGUGCAUUGUCAACCCUCAACUUAGAACCAAGGCUAAGUCUACAGCUUUCCUUGCCAGCAAUUACUGCAGGACAUUGCCGACUAAGGUUGAAUCCUCAUUGACUCGAGGAAAAUUGCUCACCUCUCCUUCUCCUAAUAUGCGAGUUGCUAAGAUGACAAAGACAGGGGAUGCCACAUUAUUUUCUGUUCCACGUCGACUUCCUGCUCAAUCUGCUGGUGUGCCUUGCCUCCAAGGUGAGAGGUCACUGCCACAAGGCUCUAACUCUAACCAAAUGGAGAAAUCACGUUACUAUAAUGCAAUUAUUAAGGCUUUUAGGUGCAAAUUCAGACCAUGUGCUAAAAUGCAGCUAAAGUCUGUUCAACUUGAAGGAUUAGCAUAUGCAUUUUGUGCAAGCAUUGAAGAUCCAAGUGAGACCAUGAUUAAUGUGGAUGACACGAUAGUAACUAGGGAAGAACUUGCUUGUCUAGCUCCCGAAAGACCAAUCUCAGACAAGAUAAUCAAGCUUGUGGUAAUGAAGGCCACAUGGGACCAAGCAAAUAAGACUUUUUGGAUGCUUCCGCCAUCUUUUGCGGUGGAACAUUUUAUGGGACAUUCACUGGAUAAAAUGAUUGCUACCUAUAUAUAUCGCUUUAUGCCUGUCGCACCGGAUCUUAAAUUUAUUUAUGUGCCAAUUAAGGAAGAAGGUGACCACUGGUAUCUUAUGGUCAUUAGCUUAUUGGAUGGAAAAUUAUAUCAGUUUGAUUCUAAUCUAAAUGACGAUCAAGUUGAGCCAAGACAAGAAAUUAUGAAAUCCUUGGCUUUAAAAUUAUCAGAUAUGGUAACUUUUGGUCAUUACCUAAAAGGUGACAUUCCUGAAAGAAAAGAUUUCAUGAACUUUGAUGUGAAAGAGGCUAGGGGGUGCCCAAAUGUCCUCAAAGUCGCGACUCUGGUCUCUGAGUUCUUCAAUGGUUGUCUAUGAGAGAGAAGUUUAAUCCCACAGUGUCGGGCAUUCUAAAUGAGCAAUAUAUCCGUACAUCCGUUGUGGUAGAUCUUUUGUUGGGGGUGUUCAAUGACCGCAAAUACGAGUUUCAGAAGAAGAGCAAUGAGUUCUGGGCUACGCUUUAGCGUGAACAGCAUGGAGAGCAACAUUUUUGCAUAUUCAGUUAUUAUUUUCAAAAUUUGCUUUAAUCCUCAAUUGUGAACGAGAUUAGUGACAUUUAUAAUUUAUUUGUUGAAUUAUUAUUUUAAAGGAGAAAGUUUG